CGAUUAGACGUACCGGGGCUUUCAGAGAGAGAGAGAGAAGAGAGGAGAAGAAGAAAGAUGUCGCUGGUUGAUUAUGCUUCCAGUUCAGAUGAUGAAGAUGGAAAUAUUAAAGAUAAACAACACGACGUAGCAGAAGAUGGAAACUCUCAGCCUUCUACUGUUCUUGAAGCUCAUCAUUAUAACCAGUUCAAUAUGUCCAACGGAUACAUACUCUAUGUGUAAGCAGUGCGGCAGAUAUAUACCCAGAUUUGCAAGUAGUAUAGCAGAUAUGUACUCAGAUUUGUAAGCAGUUUAGCAGAUAUGUACUCAAAUUUGAGAUCGAUUACUUCGUCACCCCAACCACCCGAAAGUUCUUCACAGUCACUAACACGUCCUAUCGAGAAACUUCCAGAUGCCUCACUACUUCUAGAUUCAGCCGCCUUCUCAUCUCAUCAAAUGAGUGGCAAUGAUCACUCAUCUAGAGUUGCAGCUGCUAUGGCAGAGAGUUCAUCACGCAAGAGAGAAUCAAAGGGCUCAGCUUCCACCAAUCCACGAAGUAAGUUUCCCAGAGGGAACUUGCCUAAUACAAAAAGUUUUCCGGAUACUGUUGGCGGUGUGCUAGUUCCCCCUCAGCUCAAAGGAAGGAGCAAUGUCGUUACAGAAGAUAUAGGAAAGCUUUUUGUGAAAACUAAGAAGACAUGCUAAUGGCCCCUCUCAUUAAGGGGUGGUGCUGAUCUCUGAAGUCUGGCUUUCUUUUUGUUCGUUAUGAUAAAAGACAUAGAAAAAGUGUCACAGGUACUCAGACUUCAACUAACAUAAUACACCUGGACUUAAGAAAAAUGGCAGACAAACCUUUUGGUACUUCAUACGUCUGUUAAAUGGUUAGGAUCUGUUUCAUUGUUGAGUUAUGUCUGAUGUUAACAUGUAUGAAGAAAAAUCUAGUGCUAUUUAGCAGUUCAUUGUCUCGCCAAUCAUGUUUGUAAAUUGUAAAUAAUCGCCUGCU